CUGUCCCAUUCCCCUCUCGUGCCCCCCUCCUCUCUCCAAACAACCCCAUAGCAAGUACCUCCUGGCUGUUUCUGACGGGCGCCGUGAGCUGCUUCCCCUCUAUCCUUUGCAGGCUCUGUUCAAAGAGAGGUAUGAGAAAAUGUCCGUGGAGAACCAGCAAGCCUGCAGACUCAGGUUCCAAAAGCUGAGAGAGAGGCUUCUGAGACGGGAAAUACGUGCUGGAAGAAGGCGAAUCAGGGACCGAAAGCCAGGGUUUAGCAUCGUGUCGUCGGUUAAUGAUAAAGUCUCAAGAUUUCUACAGGAUCCCACUCAGUCGGAGCUCCGUCUGCGUCCCAUGACGGACAAGGACCGCGACCAGCUUAAUCAUCUGGCUGACCUCUACUCUCUGACGGUGCGGGGCGGAGACAACCACUCGGCUCCCAUACUCACCAAGACAAGAAACACAAUUACGAAGCAAAGGCUUGAGGUGGAUAGUGAGGUAAUGGCAUGUGAAGGAGCCUUCCCAGGAGGCUUGCCGGUACCGUUGAGUGACAUGAAGAGACGCCGCCGCACCCCUCCCCUCCUCCCAACAACCUGACAGAGGGCAGCAAUGAUUCCGUUGAGAGUGUCUUCAACAGCGCUGGAAUUUCAG